CCCAGGUCCAUGCUGGGCAGAAUGAAGGCGCAGGCGUUCGGGUUUGACCAGGUGUUUCGGGCCUAUCGGAAGGAUGACUUCGUUAUGGCUUUUUUCAAAGACCCAAAUGUUAUUCCCAAUUUGAAGUUACUUUCAGAUUCUGGACAGUGGAUUACAUUAGGAACUGAAGUGAAAAAAAUUGAAGCUAUAAAUGUUCCUUGCACACAGCUUUCAAUGUCAUUUUUUAAACGGUUAUACAAUGAAGAUAUUGUACGAGACAGUGGACAUAUAGUUAAAUGUUUAGAUUCUUUUUGUGAUCCUUUUCUCAUUUCUGAUGAGUUACGAAAGGUUUUGCUAGUGGAAGACUCAGAAAAAUAUGAAAUAUUCAGCCAACCAGACAGAGAAGAGUUCCUGUUUUGUCUUUUCAAACAUCUCUGCCUUGGUGGAGCCCUUUGUCAAUAUGAGGAUGUGCUUAAUCCAUAUCUGGAAACCACAAAGCUUAUCUAUAAGGAUCUGGUGAGUGUUCGAAAGCAUCCUCAAACCAAGGAAAUACAAAUUACCUCUUUCAUCUUUAAAGUUACAGCAUAUGAUUCUGCUGGUGUGUGCUACCCUUCAACAAAGAGUCAUGAACAGACAUUUUCUUACUUCAUUGUGGAUCCUAUCAAGCGUCAUGUUCAUGUUUUAUACCACUGUUAUGGUGUUGGAGAAAUGUCUUAACAGUAUUUUUUCAGAUUAUCUAUAUUUACUAUUUUUUUUGUAUACCAGGUUUUUAUUUUAAUACUAAUUUCUAGAUAAACAAUUACUUUGCAAGUUAAUUCAAAUAAAAUGUAAAGAACCCACUUAGAACAGGAGCAAACAAA